CUUGUUGUUCUCCCCUUUUCUUCUCACAUCUAAACCUUUCUUUACCUUUUGGGGUUUGGCUUCUUUGUGAUUUGAUCUUUUCAGUUUCAAGUGAAAUUUCAAAGAGGGAGAUUUUGAGUUUUACAGUGCCAAAAAGGUUCUUUAGGUUUCCUCAUUUUGAGAACUUUUGCCAUGGAUGAGGAUCAUAAAAACGAGGCUGAAGUUGUUACUAGACACAAAGAUUCAUCCUCAUCGUCAGGUUCUUCCCAGGAACUCAUAUUCCUCCCAAAAAAUGUUCUGAAACACAAAAGUUAUUCCUCCUCACCCCCAAUAGACCCUCAAAGUUUUUCUUUUAUUAGCUCCCCAGAGGACUCAUUCACACAAUCACCAGAAGGCUAUGAUCCGAGUCGGAUUCCAUCAUCAAUCUUUUCCAGUAAACCUGCAAAUCCCAUGGAAUGGAGUGCUGCUUCGAAUGAAUCAUUGUUUAGUAUUCAGAUAGGAAACAACAGUUUCACGAGGGACCAUGCUUUUAUGUUGUAUAAAUCAGGGGAAUUGAUCAGGGCAGAGGAUCAGCAGGGCAAUGUACAGGGGAGUCAACUGCCGCCCGUCAACGAGACAGAGGUUAUGGCUACGGUGGGGGGUGAAAUUAAGGUAGAGAGCUUGGGAGUGACAGGAGCCCCGGUUGAUCUCCUAAAGGAAGAUUUUGGUGGACGUGAAGUUGUGGGAGAACAGGAGGUGAAAAAUGAGACCCUGGCUAUGGAGGCCUAUAAUUCAACCAUCACAUGUAUGUCUCAUCGUUCCGAUGGAACUGGGAGUAAUCACAGCGCACGUUCCUUUGCAUUCCCAGUAUUGGCACCAUCUGCAAGCGAGGAUGGAAGAAAUUAUUAUUGCUCUGUGAACGUGGGGUCAGAGAAGCAUGAUGUCCAAAGGCAGAGGAAGUCACAAGAACUACCACCAAAGCAGUCUCCAAGAGAGGAACUAGAGCAACCAAAGGCAUCAGGUCAAUGGUUUCCAAGGGCUUCAGGUCGAUGGUUUCCAAAGUUUUCUGGGCGAUGGUUUCCAAAGACUUCAGGGCGAUGGUUUUCUUGCCUUCAUUGCUGCCGAUCGCUUUUUUCAUAAUGAUUACAUUAUAUAAUCUCUCUCUAAAGAUCAUUACCUGAUCCCAUUGCUCAAAAUAUCAUAUAGUAUCUUGUGGAUCUUCCUAAAGGCAAAAGAAUACCUUUUCAAUGUUUAAAUGCAUGUAGAGUUUCAUUGAGCAUAUUUGUUUUCUUUAAUUGUACUCUAUCAUGUCAGAGGCAGGUGCCUCCGUAGUGUUAAAAAAUUGUAAUCAGAGAGGUUUCAAGGGCCAAUUAACCUGGGAGAGCUACAAUUGAAGAUCUUUAUAAUAUACAAGGUCAAUACCG